CAAUUUGGAUUUGGAACGGUGAACGCGCGUUUUGGACCGCACGAGAUUCGCGCGCGAAAAUCGGGAUUGUUUUUUUCUUUUAGUGCGUUUAGUUGUGUGCUUUUGAAAAGAUUUCAAUUACAACGAUAAUCUUCAAGAUGGCAUUUUUCAAAGCUCUGAACCUGCUCCUCCUCGCGACCCUGGCCAGCUGCGAACCCCCGGUCAGAUACAACUACCGCGGUCGAAGCACUUUCCAGAACUCCGGCUACAACACCCCUAGCAACACCUACCUGCCGCCGGUAGACACAGGGUUCAGCUCACCCAGCAACAACUACCUGCCGCCCAGCAGCUUCGGAGGGCAGUAUGAGGACAACAACCAUGGAUAUGACCAUGGUCACGACCACGAAGUUCCCAAGUCCUAUGAGUUCGGGUACUCCGUAAAGGACGCCCAAUCUGGCAACGACUACGACCGACGAGAGAGCUCAGAUGGCAACGUAGUGAGAGGAGAAUACAGAGUGGCGCUGCCGGACGGACGCACGCAAAUUGUGACAUACCACGCUGACUGGCAGACUGGCUUCCACGCUGACGUUCGGUAUGAGGGCGAGGCGCGGUACCCCGAACCUACUAGGAACCAGAACCAAGGCUACAAUUACCAACAACCCUCCGACUUCAGCGGGUCUUUGACCGGGUUCGGAUCCCGCCCCUCCACCGCCUACGGACCUCCCGGCUAUCACUGACCACCAAAUAUGUUUAGUUAGUUAUAAUGUAAGCAAACAUCUUAUACAACCGAAAAGGGAGGGUGAAGACCGGCGCCUACGGUCCCGGCUAUCAUGGACCACCAAAUAUAUUUCAAUUCGCGCUGUACGGUUCAAACGAAAGUCCUUAAAAGCUACCGAUGGUAUACUUGGUAUAGUGAAAAUUAAUAGUCUCUUCCCCACGACGAAUAAUAGCCAUGGAAUAUUUAUUCUUGCAUAACAAAUUCCAAAUUCAAAUGGCUUUUCUGAUAGUUACUGCAGCGCGUGGUUCAAAAACAAAUUAUUGUGAAAAUGGAACUAUCAGCUAUUAUAGAAACUAAAGUAUAAGUCAGCAAGCAAUUAUCUUUUGAGAUAGCGCUAUUUGGCUUAGUAGGGCAGUGUAAGUAUAUCCCUUUCUUUACUACUUACCUAUAAGUACUGCAAGUUAUAUACUUUGAUUUUGAUGGUCCGUAGGCAGGAUAAGAAACACGCCACAUAGAUGGAGUGCAAAUAGUAAAUUCUUAAGAUUACAGUACAAAAUACCUUGUAAUUUUAUUUUACGUGAUAAAAGUGUUACCAGUAUUUUAUAUUAACAAGUUAUUUAAGACUUUUGUACCAGUAUUAUUUUGUAAGAAAAUAAAAUGAGAGAAUAUGACACACAUUUUUAUUUAUAAAACAAAAGUUAUUCGGUUUAAGUAUUACGCUUACAAAUUUCAUACGGUUCAUCCGUCCAUGUAAGCACAACAGAAAAUAUUGAUGUACCUAUAUUUUAUUACAGGUUCGG